AUGUCCUCGGUGGCAUCUGAAUACACCAUUGGUGGGGUGAAGAUUCGCUUUCCCUGUAAAGCUUAUCCGGCACAGCUUGCUAUGAUGAAUUCUAUCGUCAGAGGACUGAACAGUGGGCAGCACUGUUUGUUGGAGAGUCCCACAGGAAGUGGAAAAAGCUUAGCCUUACUUUGUUCUGCGUUAGCGUGGCAACAAUCUCUUACUGGAAAGCCAGUGGAUGGGGGCUUGAAUAAAAAGCCUGAGGUGCCGUCGUCAUGUGGUUGUGCGUGCCACUCGAAGAGUUUUCCUUACAGUGACACGGACAUAGGCACUUCACCCCAUUUCCAUAGUCCAAGCAAACCGCCGGAGAGAAAUGGCGCCUCAUCACCCUGCCAAGACUCUCCUGAAAAAAAUACUCUGGCUGCAAAGUUAUCUGCCAAGAAACAGGCAUCUACGCACAGAGGUGAAGAUGAUGAUUUUCAAAUAGAGAAGAAAAGAAUCCGCCCCUUAGAGACCGCACAACAGAUGAGAAAACGUCAUUGUUUGGAAAAGGAUGUCCACCAUUUGGAUGCACGAGUAGCUCCGGAAAAGAGAGUAAAACCCGAAUCUCCUGUAGCAAAGACAAGCUCCUCUUUCCAAAAUCUCGAUGGCCAGUGUUGUAAGUGCUGCUGUUCUACUAAACAAGGAAACAGUGAAGACUCUGCAGAUACUAUUAAGAAAGAUCACGGGGGACAAUCCAAGAGACCCAAAAUUUAUUUUGGGACACGCACACACAAGCAGAUUGCUCAGAUUACUAGAGAGCUCCGAAAGACAGCUUACUCAGGAGUCCCAAUGACUAUUCUUUCCAGCAGGGACCAUACUUGUGUUCACCCUGAAGUAGUGGGUAACUUCAACAGAAAUGAGAAGUGUAUGGAGCUGCUGGAUGGAAAACACGGGAAGUCCUGCUAUUUUUACCAUGGUGUCCAUAAAAUUAGUAAUCAGCAGACAUUGCAGUCUCUUCAGGGGAUGUCCAAAGCCUGGGACAUAGAAGAGCUUGUCGGCCUCGGGAGGAAACUGAAGGCAUGUCCCUACUACACAGCUCGGGAGCUGGUGGAUGAUGCUGACAUAGUAUUUUGUCCCUACAACUACCUCUUGGACGCACAAAUAAGGGAAAGCAUGGAUAUAAAGCUGAAAGAGCAAGUUGUCAUUUUAGAUGAAGCUCAUAACAUUGAAGAAUGUGCUCGGGAGUCAGCAAGCUACAGUGUAACAGAGGUUCAACUUCGGUUUGCUCGGGAUGAGCUGGAUAGUUUGGUCAACAAUAAUGUAAGGAAGAAAAACCACGAGCCCCUACGAGAUGUGUGUUAUAACCUCAUUAAUUGGUUAGAAACAAAUUCUGAGCAUCUUGUGGAAAGGGACUAUGAGUCGUCUUGUAAAAUAUGGAGUGGAAAUGAAAUGCUCUUAAAUUUGUACAAAAUGGGCAUCACCAGUGCCACUUUUCCCAUUUUGCAGAGACAUUUUUCAACUGUUCUUCAAAAAGAAGAAAAAGUGGCAUCGGUCCACGGUAAAGAAGAAGCAGUACAAAUACCUAUUAUUAGUGCUUCAACUCAGAUAAUGCUCAAAGGGCUCUUCAUGGUGCUGGACUACCUCUUGAGAGAAAAUAGCAGAUUUGCAGAUGAUUAUAAAAUUGCUAUUCAACAAACUUAUUCCUGGACAAAUCAGAUUGCUGUUUUUGAUAAAAAUGGAGUCUUGGCUCUACCAAAAAAUAAGAAACAUUCACGACAGAAAAUUGGAGUUAAUGUGCUAAACUUUUGGUGCUUAAAUCCAGCUGUGGCCUUUUCAGAUAUUAAUAACAAAGUACGAACCAUUGUUCUAACAUCAGGAACACUGUCACCUCUAAAAUCAUUUUCAUCUGAGCUUGGUGUUACAUUUAACAUCCAGCUAGAGGCUAAUCAUGUCAUCAGUAACUCACAGGUUUGGGUUGGUACUGUUGGCUCAGGCCCUAAGGGCCGGAAUCUCUGUGCUACCUUCCAGCAUACUGAAACAUUUGAGUUCCAGGACGAAGUGGGAAUGCUUUUGUUAUCUGUGUGCCAGACUGUGAGCCAAGGAAUUUUGUGCUUUUUGCCAUCUUACAAGCUAUUAGAGAAGUUAAGAGAACGUUGGGUUUCCACUGGCUUAUGGCAUAGUUUGGAGUCAGUGAAGACAGUCAUUGCAGAACCCCAAAGAGGAGAAAAAACUGAUUUUGAUGAAUUACUGCAGGUGUACUAUGAUGCCAUCAAGUUCAAAGGAGAAAAAGAUGGAGCCCUUCUCAUAGCGGUUUGUCGCGGCAAAGUGAGCGAGGGUCUGGAUUUCUCAGAUGAUAAUGCCCGUGCCGUCAUAACAGUAGGAAUUCCUUUCCCAAAUGUGAAAGAUCUUCAGGUUGAACUAAAGCGACAAUAUAAUGACCACCACUCAAAACUGAGAGGCCUUUUGCCUGGCCGUCAGUGGUAUGAAAUUCAAGCAUACAGAGCCUUAAAUCAGGCUCUAGGCAGGUGUAUUCGACACAAAAAUGAUUGGGGAGCUCUUAUUCUAGUGGAUGAUCGUUUUAAUAGCAACCGAGAUCGCUAUACAUCGGGACUCUCUAAAUGGGUGAGGCAGCAGAUCCAGCACCACUCAACCUUUGCAAGUGCCCUGGAGUCCCUGACUGAGUUUUCUAAAAGGCACCAGAAAGUUACUAGUCGAUCCGAAAAAGACAGAGAACGUAUAAAAGACAGGGCGUCUACUCUGAAAGUGGCCUGUUGGGAGGAUAGCUCUCUGACAAGCGUGUCCAAAGCAAGUCCUCGAUCGCCAGAAAAUUCUAGGGAAGAAGAAGCGAAAGUGUGUGUCCAGGAGCUGCAACAUCCCCGGAUGACUGCUAAAAACCCUUCUGUACCGAGUCACAGCGUCUCUAGGAGGAAGGAAAGUGAUCCAAUACUAAGAGAAGAGUCUGUUCAAACAGUGAAAACAGAGAAGAAUGUCAUUUCCAGAUCCUCAAGCCCAACUUUCGGGAAGCAAGCAGAGCCCAGCAGCUGGCCUGUCUUUAAUUCUCUGAGACGGCACUUCACUAGUAAAGGAAAGGAUUGCACGUCUGCACGUGUGUCAUCAGAGAGCCUCGCCUCUGCUUCUUCCACCUUCAAAACAGAAGAUAAAACUGCUUUGCCACCCACAGAUAAAUGUGUGUCCUCAAACAAAACAGCAAACGCAUCAUUAGCACCUUGCUCUCAGUCAGAAGUCAUGACUCCAUCAAUGAAGGUUGGCGCUACUCCCGCUAAGAACCAUUCCAAACAGCCGUUCUGCUCAGAGAAAGACCUACAUCCGGAUAGUGAAUUGCCUCCAGUGAGUGAAGAGCGCAGGCGUUCCGGCUCAAGUAAAGCUAUUGAAACAGAAGCAGAAGACGACUCUCUGUGUUACACACCUGAACUUUUUGAUCCUGUUGAUACUGAUGAAGAAAAGACUGAAGUAGAUGAAACCGAUAGAUCCAGUAAUAAUUCAGCAGAAGACCUUUUUGAAACUGUAACUGGCUUCAGCCAGAAAUGAAAGUCAAAGGUUGCAGAGACACAAAGUUGAGUGGAGUCAUUCCGGUGGAAGGAACAGAGCCGACAACUCGUGUACGCGAGUUAGAGCUGGGAAAGCUCACGCGAGACGUGAGGACCUAUAAGCAGUGGUGGGAGGGGCUCCCUGACGUUAAGUAAUGCUGUCAGGGUUUUGUUGAGCCUCACUGUGUAAAUAAUAAUUUGUACUUUGGGUAAAUGUUAUAAUUUUAAUUUUUUACAUAUAUUUCCGUUUUAAUUCAUUAGCAGAUUUGUCUAUUUUAUGCUCAGAAAUACACGUUUUAUCCUAGAGUUUUAAUCAAGUGAUCAUACAGAGCACUUUCCUCUAAUAUUUAGUUUCCUGAGGCUUCCAAGUUCACACAGUUACUCAUAUUUUAUAGCUCACUUAAUGUGGCUUCAUACUAAUAUACAAAGAUUAAGCUCAGUUAAAUUUAGACACACUUCAUCCAUAUGUUACCGUAUAUUUUAAUUCAAAUUUGCAGAAGAUGUUUCUAGAAAGCAUAGUUUAUCUUCAGAAGCUUGCUGUUUCAUUAGCCUUCUUAGGUUGGGCAUAGCGUAUGCAGUUGCUUUCCCAGCGCGUGGAAGACUGAGGCUCUGGGCCUCUUUCAAAGUCUAAAGAAAAAAAAAUUGUUUAGAACUAGUUUAUUAGAAUGAAAAAGGAAAGAGUGUACAUAUUUCCUUGAAAUUGGGGCAUUUUUGUUUGCUAAAACUAAAAUAUCAGGAACAAAAUUAUAUGCAGUUAUAGGAUGUCAUUUGAAAUAUUCCAAGUAUCAAUUCUAAAUUUUUAGCUCCCCUGACAUCAUAGAGAGUGAUAUGCCUCAAUCUCUGGCCUCCACACACGUAUGCACAGACCACAACGUGUACGCAUGUACACACACUCAUGUACACAUGCACAUGUACACAUAUAUGAAAAUAGUACACAGAUCCUAGAAGUGCCAGCGAUGUGGUACGUUCUGGUAUAAAGUUUUAAUUCUGUAACUAUUAAAUUGGAAAACUUGGCAUGUAAAUUUAAUAAAUAAGCAAAUGUUACAUAUAUGUGUGUAUAUAUGUACACAUGUACUUAUAUAUAAGACAGUCUCUGAAAUAUGCUCCCUUAAAGAACAGGAAUCUACUGUGAAUUUUGGGGGUGUGCAAGUUUCAGGGAGUGGAACUGUAUAUCUGAUCAGUAUUUAUAAAAGGCAGUCACCUCUCACAGUCCAAAAUUGCGUCCACUGACUUUUCGCCCAAAGAAUGGACAUUUAGACUUCUUAGGAUGCUUUGAAUUGAGAGUCUGGUACGUGUAUGUGUAGCUGGAGAUCAAGCCCAGGGCCUCGCAUGCUAAGGGGCAUUCUAGCAUGGAGCUGAAUCCAGCCUGAACUAGAACUUUAUAAGGCGUUAACUACUCUGCAUGGUUUAUUAUCAAGUCAAAAAUUCCCAGUAGUUAUAUUUUAUGUUCUUUUGAGUAAGUGCGUUAUCACCCAUGCAUGUAUUUGCUCUCAUUUUGAUAGCUUUUAGAUCUGAUUCAUGAAAUUUAAAUCGACAGCUUACCAAGGCAGGAAUUUAUCUGUGAAUCUAGAAAGUGAUUUCUGUAUUGUUUUGGAAGAAACCAGUUCUCCUAUUGUGGAUCUUAAUUCACAGUUAAGGAGUAGUCAGGUCCUGGAGAGGAUGCGUGGAGGAGGACAGAAACGUGGCCUCUGCGCCUCGCUGGGCCUCAGACUUGAUACUCGCAUAGCGUUAUUACC